AUGGCGUCGGCCGAGGCCGGCGGCGACGAUGCCCGUUGCGUGCUGCUGAACGCCGAGCGGGCCCAGGCGCUGCUGGCCGACGUGGACACGCUGCUGUUCGACUGCGACGGCGUGCUGUGGCGCGGCGAGACGGCCGUGCCCGGUGCGCCCGAGGCCCUGCGGGCGCUGCGAGCCCACGGCAAGCGCCUGGGCUUCAUCACCAACAACAGCAGCAAGACGCGCGCGGCCUACGCCGAGAAGCUGCGGCGUCUGGGCUUCGGAGGUCCGGCGGGCCCCGGCGCGGGCCUCGAGGUCUUCGGCACGGCCUACUGUACGGCGCUCUACCUGCGCCGCCGCUUAGCCGACGUGCCGGCCCCCAAGGCCUACGUGUUGGGCAGCCCGGCCCUGGCCGCCGAGCUGGAGGCCGUCGGCAUCGCCAGCGUGGGCGUGGGGCCCGAGCCGCUGCGGGGCGAAGGUCCGGGCGACUGGCUGAGCGCGCCCCUCGAGCCCGACGUGCGUGCCGUGGUGGUGGGCUUCGACCCGCACUUCAGCUACAUGAAGCUCACCAAGGCCGUGCGCUACCUGCAGCAGCCCGGCUGCCUGCUCGUGGGCACCAACAUGGACAACCGGCUCCCGCUGGAGGGCGGCCACUUCAUUGCGGGUACCGGCUGUCUGGUGCGAGCCGUGGAGAUGGCAGCCCAACGCCAGGCCGACAUCAUCGGGAAGCCCAGCCGCUUCAUCUUCGACUGCGUGUCCCAGGAGUACGGUAUCAACCCGGAGCGCACCGUCAUGGUGGGCGACCGCCUGGACACAGACAUCCUCCUGGGUGCUACCUGUGGUCUGAAGACCAUCCUGACCCUCACCGGAGUCUCCACUCUGGCGGAUGUGAAGAAUAAUCAGGAAAGUGACUGUAUGUCCAAGAAGAAAAUGGUCCCUGACUUCUAUGUUGACAGUAUAGCCGAUCUCUUGCCUGCCCUUCAAGGUUAAAGAUCUAGUGUCUUUAAUCUCUGGAAUAAAGGAAAGAAAGAAAAUCAGUUACCCAAAUUAAUAGAUGGGGCUUAGGCAUGGCUCAGAUAGGUGGGUGCAGAUUAUAAUUGGAGUUUAGCAAAAGCAGUAGUUGUAAGUAAACAUGGGGGGGGUUGUUUACAGAUGCUUAUAUUUUGUGAUGCACUUUUAAGCUUGGAGGGCAUUAUGGCCUAGGUCCCUGGUUUGUGUGUGUUGGCAAGGGCAGACAUAGCAUCUUCCUGGAUCUGGGUACUUCAGGCCCUGCUGAGGAGGUUGAGGGGCAUUUAGGGGUGUGUAACUGCUUUUUACUGAAAAGCUUAUUCAGGGAUAAAGCCCCUUGAGGGGCAGAAGAGAAAGGGCUGAGGCUGUCGUUAGACACACAGACCGACCUGGGACCCCACAUUGUGGUUGUGCGGGAGAGGAGCUUGGUGGUGUCACCCUGUCGUUGGGUAUGGGUGCUGCCCUUGCCACCCUUCCCUGCUUCCUUGAUGUCACAAUUGUCUGUUCCCUUCCAGAUGCCCAAGGUACAGUUCCUCAUACACAGCUGCCCAGUCUGUAAACUCAGUAUAGUUAAACUUUGGUUAUCUCAUGUGGUGACUUAUUGGGUAUAUGGUCAGCUAAGCAUCCAGAUGGGUGUGGAUGAACUCUGGGCUGCUGUGCAAGGAGCUCAGAGCAGUGUUAGUAGAGAAAGCAACUUUGUCAAGAAGUAGAACUGAAUGUUAAGUGUACAGAAUUAAUAGCUGUGCUCUGUCUCAUAGGGACAGUCCCACUGAAGUCUCCAUGCCCGACAGUGAGCAGCACAGCCAAAGGCACGUGCCAGCCAAGGACUGUCUGGUGCCCAGGGCGCCGUCUGCAUGGGAAAGAGGUUUCCUGAGAAUAGGAAGUUUAUUACAAAGCAUACAGUCUCUUCCUGGCCUCCCUUCCCUGGGUCAGGGUGGGGUUGGAGGUCAUGGGUCACCUAUCUUGGCCCUGGCUUCCCUUGUGGGUGGCCAGCAGAAAGACCCACAAGCCAGUUUAGUUCUCUGCAACCUCUGGCCUUCUCCACUGCUCCCUGGGUCUAAUGACCUUUAGCAGCUGCUGAGCAGGCCAGGCAGCACUCUAGAGCAGAGCCUGGAAGCUGUUCUUGGCUCACUCCGUCCUGGUGCUUUGCCUUGCACUCACAUGGUAGUUCUCCCAUGGUCACAGCACUCCUUAGCUAUUCACCAAGUUCUCAAGAGCAAUAAAGAAUGCCCCUCGCCUGCAGCUGCUCCAGGGCCAGGGGUGCCUGGGGUCUGGAUGAUGCCAUAAGGCAACAUGAGGGCAGCCACACCUGUGUGGCUGGUGGUGCUGAUAAUGACUCUUGGAGGUCAGCCCAAAGUGGACCUGGAUAUUGAACAGGCCUGUCGGGGAGGUGUCACCCACACCAGAAGCAUACAGAGCCAGUACAGCAUCUAGUCUUACUUCCUUCUUCUGGAUGGUGGCCUGGGAGCCUGUGUGUCCCAUUUCCUGCCUGUUGCACUGUAUGAACCAAAAUGCACAUUAAACUCUGAAAACCACA